CAGUCCAAUAUCGCACGCAACACCGGUCACACGUCCUCCGAGGGAUACAUGGUGUAUAAAUCAGCCAGCAGCUGCACACCAUGAGCAAGUUUGGCGCCAUGAUCAUGGGCCCCGCGGGGGCGGGCAAGUCCACCUUUUGCGCCGCCCUCAUCACCCACCUGCAGCUCAACCGCCGCUCGGCCUUUUACAUCAACCUCGACCCCGCCGCCGAGUCGUUUGAGCACCAGCCCGACCUCGACAUCAAGGAGCUCAUCUCCCUGCAAGAUGCCAUGGAGGAGCUGGGCUUGGGCCCCAACGGCGGCCUCAUCUACUGCUUCGAAUUCCUCAUGGAGAACCUGGACUGGCUGACCGAAGCCUUGGACUCGCUCACCGAGGAAUACCUCAUCAUCAUCGACAUGCCCGGCCAGAUCGAGCUGUACACGCACAUUCCCAUUCUGCCGAGGCUGGUCAAGUUCCUGACGCAGUCGGGCGCCCUCGACAUCCGCCUCGCCGCCGUCUACCUCCUCGAGGCCACCUUCGUCGUCGACAGGGCCAAGUAUUUCGCCGGCACGCUCAGCGCCAUGAGCGCCAUGCUCAUGCUCGAGAUCCCGCACAUCAACGUGCUGUCCAAGAUGGACCUGAUCAAGGAUCAGGUCAAGAAGAAGGAUUUGAAACGCUUCAUCACGCCCGACGUUGCGCUCUUGGACGACGAUCCCCUGGAGCGCAGCAGGAGGAUAACCGAGGGCCCCGAGGGGGAGGACGACGAGUCCGUCCCGCCCGACGAGAAGAGCCAGGUGAUGAAGGGCGCCAGCUUCCGCCGCCUCAACAGAGCCGUGGCCGGGCUGAUUGAGAGCUUUAGCAUGGUUAACUAUCUCCGGCUGGACGUGACCAACGAGGACAGCGUUGCGGGGAUCCUCAGCCACAUUGACGACUGUAUCCAGUAUCACGAGGCGCAGGAUCCAAAGGAGCCCGACGACGAGCGAGACUACGACGAAGAGGAGGACUAAAAGAGAGAGAAAGUAGGGUUCGGAAGAUUGGAGACAUUUCAUCUCUCGUCAACAAGAAAGUCCAAGGGGAAAAGGGACAACCAAGUGGUUGAAAAAAAGGAAAAAGACAGGCAUUGAAGGGAUUUAGUCGGUGGCUUUACUGGUUGGCAGGAAAAUGCAUAGCGACGGCGUUUUGGGUGGUUUGAAUACCUAGCAAGAAGG